AUAAUGCAAAGUCUUGUAGUGAACUUAAGAAGAAUUUAACAUCAGGAAAUUUUGUCAUAGAUCCCGAUGGACAAUCAGGACAGUCUCCAUUCACUGUGUAUUGUGACAUGACUGACAAGGGAGGAGUGGGAGUAACUGUUGUCAGUCAUGAUAGCGAGGCUAGGACUCUCGUGGAUGGUUAUGAAUCGCCAGGUUCUUAUAGUAAAGAUGUUCGUUACAAUGGUGCAUCGAUGGCUCAGUUGGCAAAACUGACUCAAAUAUCAACAAACUGUGAACAGUUAACUAAAUUUGAGUGUAAAAAUGAUGUCGCUUUUCUUAGUGAGAGUUAUGGCUAGUGGGUAUCACGUGACGGUGUACGUCAGAACUACUGGGGAGGAGCAACACCAGGGAGUAAGAAGUGCGCAUGCGGUAUGACCAACUCGUGUUCACACAGCAAUGGUGGUUGUAAUUGUGGUAGUAGCGGUACUGGCUGGCGUAGCGACAGCGGUGUGUUAACUGACAAAACAACCCUUCCUGUAUCACAAUUACGAUUUGGUGACACUGGUGACAGUAACGAGCAAGCCUAUCACACACUUGGUAAACUGAGAUGCUACGGAUAACAAAAACUUGUUUUUCACACUUGUUACCGGUGUAAGUGUGGAAUGAUAUCAUUAGCCUAAAAUGUUUUACAACGGACGAUUUAAUAUUACUUGGACUUCCUAAGUAGUAGCUAUGGGAUUGAAAUGAUGUUAUAUUCUCUCUUUCGUUUUUCAUUACAAGGACUUUCGAAUUAUUCUGAUAGUGGCAAUAAAGUGUUGAGUUCAGUUAUAUUCUGUGAAAUACAAAGACGUUCUAGCAAUACCAAUCUUUGGUGAUGAGCAUUCUUGUGAAAGAUCAAGUUUGCCGUGUUUAUUGUGUUUCUACCAUGACGUCACGUAUUUCUCGGUUCCAACUUCCUUAGCUAUUCGACCCAAAGAAUUCCUGUUUGAAUUCAUUUUAAACUUAAUAUCUCAUUGAAUCGGUUUUCAUUGCUAUUCGUGCUAUAUCGGUUUCAGAUACAUUAUAAUACAAAGGUCUAUAUAUCUCCAUAUUCAACAUAUUCAAUCAGGGUCUAUUUAAGAAAUAUAAAACGGAGCGGGUUUCUCUGUCCUCUGCUAUAAACAAGAUGGGAGUUGAAAAACACGAAAGAAGCAAGGUUACAAACACGAGCGUAGUGUUUUUGAGCGAAAAACAAAUUUUGCCGGUAAGCCGUGUACUCUGAUAUAAACACGGUCGUCAGGCAAUCAAAUCAGAGCGGGAGUUAGUCUAUCAAAAAAUUUAUAAAUACAGAUAUAACCCUUGUUCAUUAGAAUAUUUAGAAAAUUAGAAUUAGAAAGUUUUUCUAAGCAUCGAAAUCAUCAGGAACGAAAAGAAAAAAAACCUUAGUUAUAAAACAAGCACAAGCGAGUCAAAAACUUUCAGGAGGAGCUGACAAGCAAAUGUGGUGCCCUUGCUUCUUUCAAAUAAUUUUGUUCCUGGCAAAGGUUUUCAAGGUCCAAAAAAAGGCAUAUGUAUCGUUUUUAUGGUCUUAUAAAACUUAUUAAUAAUGCAUAAGCUAUUGCUCCAA